AUGGAGCGAGGCUUGCAGGCAGGCCAUUGCUCGCCAUCGUUCGAUGGUUUAGGUGGUUUCCGUCGAUCGCUUGCGAUCCAGCGGAGCAGCACCGGCAGGGGCGGGGACAGGCGGCUUUGCGUGGUGGCCGUCGCCAGGCCAAUGGGUGCUUCUACCGCUUCCGUCGGGGAAAAGCGAGGGCCCAAGGUGGUUGUGGUUGGCGGGGGCUGGGCAGGGUUUGGCGCUGCUCGACAUCUUUCCCAAGAGGGUUACGAUGUCACCCUUCUAGAUGCAGCACCCAAUCCAGGAGGCCUCUCAGCAGGAUGGCAGACAGAGCAAGGCAGGACAGUGGAGGCUGGGAUGAAGGGAUUCUGGUACCAGUACCACAACAUUUUUGCACUCGCACGAGAACUUGACAUCGACUGGCCCUUCACGGAGUUCACCAGGAGUGGUUUUUGGUCUCCGGAGGGUUUGUCGGUGGAAGGUCCAGUCUUCUCACAGCUGCCAAAGCUCCCAACAUUGUUGGGACAGUUUGUACACACAACUCGGCUCUUCAGGCGAGUGCCUUUGGCGGAUCAGCUGACGAUGUUCAACAUGCUGUACCCUGUCGUGGAUUACGACAGCACACAGAAGGUUUAUGAGAAAUACGACAAGAUGACCGCUAGGGAGCUGUUCCGUCAAUUUGGAAUAUCUGAGAGGUUGUACAACGAAUUUCUAAAGCCUUUGCUUCUGGUCGGGCUAUUUGCACCACCCGAAGAGAUCUCUGCAGCGGCAAUGAUCGGCACAAUGUACUUUUACGCCUUGGCCCACCAGCAGGACUUCGACAUUUGCUGGUGCAAGGGUUCUGUGUCGGAGCGACUCUUUCAACCGAUGGUGGAAUCCAUCAGAGCCGCUGGUGGCGUGGUGCAAGGAAGCCGUGUGGUUGUUGGGGUUGACAUCGACAGCGCUGGCACCGUAGAAGGUGUGGUCGUUAAGGACACAACGACGGACAGAGAAUCUCGAAUCGAGGCAGAUGCCGUCAUCCUUGCCAUCAGCAUCAAAGGCAUGCAGAAACUGAUUUCCAUGAAUUCCAUCCUGGCGACCCGGCCCGAGUUCAUCAAGAUCAUGAACCUGAAGGGCAUCGACGUCAUCGCCACGCGGCUGUGGUUCGACAAGCUGGUGCCAACCCAAUUUCCUUCCAAUGUCCUCUCUGGCUUUGAACAGGGCGUUGGCGGCACGUUCUUCAACUUGAACGUCCUGCAGGACGAGUACAAGGACUCCGAGGGGACAGUGAUCGCCGCAGACUUCUACCACUCCAACACGCUCAUGCCCAGGACGGACGCGGACGUCGUCAAGCUGGUGAAAUCGUGCCUGGCAUCCUGCGAGCCCGGCUUUGAGUCUGCCAAUGUCAUCGACAGCAAGGUCCUGCGCUUUUAUGGCGCGGUCACGCACUUCAGCCCGGGCUCCUACGAGUCCAGGCCCAGUCAGAAGACAAGCUUCGAUAACCUGUACCUGGCGGGAGAUUGGGUGAGGGAUGUGCCACACGGGGCAAAUGGGCUGUCGCAGGAACGGGCGUACGUCACGGGCCUGCUGGCAGCCAAUAUGGUGAUUGACAAAUUGGGCGCGGGGAGGCCGGCGACCAUCUUGGACGUGGAACCCGACGAGCCCCACAUUGCUGCACUGAAGGCGGUUAACCGAGGGCUGAAGUCGCAGCUCGAAGGGAUGGGUUUGACAUCCCCGCUCAUAUGA